CCUUGCCGGAAGCGGCUUCCCCCGGGGGAAGUGGGUGCCGCGGUGUAUGCUGGGGCUCGGGCUCCACUUUGAAUGGGGGAGUGAGUGUAGCGGGCGCAUGUUGGGAGAUCGGGGGUCGUCACGUAGAGUGGUGACGUCACGUCUUGGGAUCGUGGCAUUGUGAGUGGCUGUGGGGGAGUCACGUGACAGCAGAAUCAACAGGAACAACAAUAAUAAGUCAGCCGCGUUGAUUCCUAGUGUGUUUACUACGGACCAGCAUGGCUCACAACAAGAUCCCUCCCAGGUGGCUGAACUGCCCUCGCAGGGGACAGCCAGUGGCAGGAAAAUUUAUACCUUUAAAAACCAUGUUGGGACCCAAGUAUGAUGAGCAGGUGCCCGAAGAGAAUCGAUUUCACCCAAGUAUGCUGUCCAACUACUUGAAAAGUCUCAAGGUAAAAAUGGCAAUGUUAGUGGAUUUGACUAACACUACAAGAUUCUACGAACGCAAUGAUAUUGAAAAAGAAGGUAUUAAAUAUAUAAAACUGCAGUGCAAAGGACAUGGUGAGUGCCCAUCUCCAGAAAACACAGAAACAUUCAUUCGUCUCUGUGAACGAAUUAUGGAGAGAAAUCCAGAGGAACUUGUUGGUGUCCAUUGUACCCAUGGCUUUAACCGGACAGGUUUCUUAAUCUGUGCAUUCUUAGUUGAGAAGAUGGAUUGGAGCAUUGAAGCAGCAGUAGCCACAUUUGCACAGGCCAGGCCUCCAGGAAUUUACAAAGCAGACUAUCUCAAAGAACUUUUCCAGCGUUAUGGGGAUGUUGAAGACACGCCUCAUCCACCUGAACUCCCUGACUGGUGUUUUGAAGAUGAUGAUGAUGUGGAUGAUGAGGGUAACGGCAUACUUCAAGAAGCAGAACCAGGAUCUUCCGGAGCAACCACAAACAAAAAGAAAAAAGAACGAUUAAAACUGGGAGCCAUAUUUUUAGAAGGUGUCGCAGUAAAACAUGUUCUUCAGAUAACAACUCAACCAAAACUUGGAGAAGUACAGGGGAAAUGUCAACAGUUCUCCUCCUGGGGGGGAUCUGGGUUCCCUGGAGCACAGCCUGUAUCCAUGGACAGAAAGAAUCUCAAAUUUCUUGAGCAGAAGUCAUAUAAAGUAAGCUGGAAAGCAGAUGGUACCCGAUACAUGAUGCUGAUUGAUGGAAAGAAUGAAGUAUAUAUGAUUGACAGAGACAACUCAGUAUUUCGUGUAUCUAACCUCGAGUUCCCUUUUCGAAAAGAUCUGAGAGUCCAUUUGACGAACACACUUUUAGAUGGGGAAAUGAUCAUUGAUAAAGUUAAAGGACAGAUAGUGCCUCGAUAUUUGAUAUACGACAUUGUCAAGUUCAGUGGUCAGCCAGUUGGAGAAUGUGACUUUAACAUCCGAUUGUCCUGCAUUGAAAAAGAGAUCAUUCUUCCCAGGCAUGAAAAAAUGAAGUUAGGACUCAUUGACAAAACACACGAACCAUUCAGUGUGAGGAACAAACCGUUUUUUGACAUCCAUGCUGCAAGAAAGUUACUUGAAGGAAGCUUUUCAAGAGAGGUUAGCCAUGAAGUUGAUGGACUCAUCUUUCAGCCAAUUGGAAAAUACAAAGCCGGUCGUUGUGAUGACAUUUUGAAAUGGAAGCCUCCUAACAUGAAUUCAGUAGACUUUCUGCUUAAAAUUACUCGAGUUGGAGGAGAAGGCCUUCUGACUCAGAAUGUUGGAUUACUCUUUGUUGGAAGAUAUGAGCGCCCUUUUUCACAAUUAAAGGUGACAAGAGAGUUAAAACAAUAUGACAAUAAAAUCAUAGAGUGCAAGUUUGAGAAUAACUGCUGGGUCUUCAUGCGGCAAAGAGUUGAUAAAAGCUUUCCAAAUUCCUACGAAACAGCUCUGGCUGUUUGUAACAGUAUCCAGAAUCCAGUAACCAAGGAAAUGCUGUUUGAAUUAAUUGACCGAUUAACAGGAGUUACUCAGGGACAGAUUCGAAAGCACUCUAUGGAUCCAGAUGCUGAACUUAUGCCCCCACCUCCACCCAAAAUUUCACGGGUUGUUAACUGAGAUGCACAUUAUGUGAAGCAAAGAGAAUUCAUGUCCACAUGUUCCAAUGCCACAUUCUUGCAAUAACUACCUUUCCAUAGAAAGAAUGACUUUUUGAACUCAGUUUGUAGCUCUCUUAAUUUUACAGAGAUACCUUCUCAAAAUGCACAUCAAAGACUACGUGCAUCUACCUUGACUCCAACUUGCGAAAAAUGCAAAGCAUCAAAUCACAGACUUCGAAAGGUUUUUUUCCCCCAAAAUGACCUGGAAGAACUCUCAGCUUGAAGAACUCAACUUUGUUUUUUCUUCUGUAUUGUCCACCUUAGAUAUAAAAGGAUAGCUCCUCUUCUAUCCUUAAAUAUAUUUUUAUUUUAUUUAAUUGGUUGGUGUAUGUUAACAAUUAUUUAAUGUGCAUUUCUUUUUCAGUAUUUCAACAGGAAACGACCGGCUUUAAAUAGUGUUUCACUUGUAUAGAAAACAACGUUGUCUAGUUUCGCCUGUUUUAAAUUUUGCUUCAUA